AUGGAGGCGGGCGGCUGCCGCAUGGGCGGCGCGGGGCCGGGCGCCCCGGCCAUGAUCACCCUGGAGGACCUGGACGGGAUGGCGGAGGAGAGCCCGGACUCGGCGUACCACAGCCACGGCAGCAGCCUGGAGGAGGAGCGCGUGGAGGACGAGGAGCAGGAGCGGCUGCUGAGCUACUGGCAGAGCGUGGGCAGGGGGCACCAGGUGGACGUGCCGCGGGACAUGGCAGAGCCAAUUCAGCAGCUGACCAGGAAUAACAACCCCCAGGAGAGACAGACCAUCCCAUUUACUCUCAUCCAGCGCAAAGAAAAGCUUGGAGAUCUGCUCUACGAAAAGCGUCAGUACGGGAAAGCCAAGUGGGCUUGUAUAAAAAUGAAAGAGAAACAGUAUGAGCAGAGCAUAUGCCUUGGAUUCAUGAAGCUUAUGAGGUACAUUUGUGAGCAGAAUUCCUCAGGGCUGUACUUGGGGAUAACAAUACCCAUUGUGACCAUAGUCCAUACAAAUGAGUCUCAGUCGGAGAUGACACAGUCAGUGACAGUAGCUUACUACCUGCCUGAAGUGCUGCAGGACGAGCCCCCUCAUCCUUUUGACUCUGACAUCAUCAUUGAAGAAUGGCCUUCUACUAUUGUUUAUAGUAGGAGCUUCAGAGGAAUCACCAAUGAAGACUCCAUUAUGAGAGAAAUAAACCUGUUGGCGGAAAUUCUGGAGAGUCCUGAGUUAUGUUUGCAGGACACAUUCAUCAUUGCAGGAUACACAAACCCAGCUGCUGCCAACAGACACAACGAGAUCUGGUUCCUCCAAAGACCUUAGCCUCCCAUUCCUGGUGCCUGUCAGUUCCCAGAAUCCGUUCUGGUUCACUGGCAGAGCCACGCGAGACGAGAUAUCAAACCCUCCAAGAUUUUAGACACGUGGCUUUUAGCCAGUUUAGCAAGGCAAUCACUCCAGCAAUCUGAGGUAACACCUGAAACACAGUUUCCUAUGCCAACUUUUACAGGUUGUACUCAAUCUUUAUGGAGAUUUUUAACACUUCAAAAGUUAUACACCUUAUUUUUUUUUUUUUACAAGGUACAGGAGACAGAGACCUCUCUCCUCUUUCACUUAUUAGCAUCCCUAGACUGCUGGUGGCUCGGGAUGGUCCUAGGGGAGACCCUGGAGCCCCUGGCCUGCUCUGGGCACCCCGUGCUGCACCAGCUACACAAAGCCCUGCUGGGGCUUUCAGUGUUUCAGUUUCACAUUCCAACCACCUCAGACAUGCUGGCUAUGCUUCAGAAAGACAAUGUUCAGGUCUUAAUUUCUGAAGAGAACUACCAGAUUUAGACCACUGGGAUGAGACAAAAGGUGUAAAACCAAGCCACUGCUGACUGCUUUAGUGUCAUCAUCUGUGGAUUAGAUUCUUAAUGCUUACCUCAAAAAGCAUUCAACCAAAGUACUUCUAACCUUGAGAAGAGACCAAGAAGGCAGAACAGUCCCAAUGCUCAUUACAGUUUCAAUAGCAAAAGUUACAGGUAACCUUAAUUUUUAAGAUUCACUCCCCAACAUUGGACAUUGUUAAGGUUCAGCUGGACAGGGUGCUGGGCCAUCCUGUCUAGACUGUGCUCUUGCCAUGAAAGGUUGGACCAGAUGAUCCUUGAGGUCUUUUCCAACCUGGCAUUCAAUGAUUGAACAUACACUCACAGAAAUUCCAUGACUGUACUUGACAUUCCUAAAUAGAAAGUGUCUAUUCUUAGCUCUUCAGUUUUCUGAACGCUUUCAUCUUACAACAUGCCGAAUGUUAAAACACUGCAGCUGCAGUAAUUUUUUCAGUACUUCUGCCACUCUUCUGGCAAUGCCACACUACUAGUGUUAUAAAGAUACAAAUAUUUCACAGAAUCACAGACAAAACUUUCAGCUGGAAUUCACCUGUGGCAGUCACCUGGUCCUGCCCUCUGCUGAAGAAAGGCUACUGCUGCUGGCAGAGCAGGCUGCUCAGGGCCUCACACAGCUGGAUUUUGACCAUUUCCAUCAGGAACAAGGAACCCCUAACCCCUCUGGGCCCUGUUCCAUUAUUUGACCACCCUCACUGUGAGAAUUUUUCUUCCUAAUACCUAGUUAUCUCUGUGGUAGCUUGUUUCUUUAUCCAUGUGAAAAUUCUUGAAGUAGACAACUGCUAGUCUAGCACGCUGUGACAGAAAGACAAGCUCACACAGUCCUAGGUGCAUCAGCAAACCUGCAGGCAGCCUCCCUGCUGUGCACCUCAGCUCCAGAGCACCUACUGCACUUUAGAAUCAGGGUAGCAAACAGUUUUGCUCUCAAACAUCCCUUCUUAAUGUCUCCCCUUGGAGACAUGAUGGUAGA